AUGGUUUCUUCUCAAUUAACUGCUUUAAUUGAAAACAAGCCAUUCAAAUCCUCCAAGAACUAUUUCCAAUUCCCAAAAAACCCUCCCAAUGAAACAUCAGAUACUCUUGAAUUGGACUUUUCUGAUACAUUUGGUCCUCUCCCACUGCCAGCUGGCAAUUCUGAAAUUCCAAGCGAUGACCCUGUGGUCAUUUACAGUCGUUCACAUUCUUUAGUGGGUCCCACGCCAUGUGUAAGCCACUUGCUGAAUCUAAGGAAGUUAACCAUAUGUGAAACGGAUGAAUCAUUGGAGGAUUUCAGUGAUGUGAUAGAUAAAGAGAUUGAAGAAGAAGAUUCUGAAAAUGCCUUAGAGGAUUUGGCACGUAUUUAUGCUGCAGAGAUUGUUUCACCUGUUUCUCACCUUCAUGCAAAUGGGAUAAUGCAUAGGGAUCUUAAGCCUGAAAAUAUACUACUUGAUGUGGAUGGACAUGCAUUGCUUACGGAUUUUGGGCUAGCAAAAGAGUUUGAUGAAAAUGCAAGAUCAAAUUCUUUAUGUGGAACAGUAGAAUACAUGUCACCUGAAAUUAUUCUUGUAAAGAAAGGGUGCACUUCAUCACAACUAGCAUUGGCGUGGGUUCACCACCAGGGGAAAGAUGUUGUGCCCAUACCAGGAACCACUAAAAUUGAAAACCUUCAGCAAAACAUUGGAGCUUUAUCUGUGAAACUAACACCACAAGACAUGGUUGAACUUGAAUCUCCACUGGGUCUUGAAACAACUGCAACAUUUGAUCCCCAAACGGACGAGUUUGUCCUUCACAGUCCUACUUUAACUUCAAGCAAAGCAACUGCAGCAAGGGCAGGGAAAUCAAAGUUUAUUAUAAGGGAUGGAACAAACAUGUAUGAUUUCACAUAUGUUGAGAAUGUUGCACAUGCUCAUGUAUGUGCUGAAAGAGCUCUAGCUUCAGAUGGAUCUGCCUCAAAGAGAGCUGCAGGAGAAUUUCUUGCAAAAACUUUGGAUGUUGUUCAAGACAUUGAUUGGGUCAUUUCUCUUGGAAAUGCUUUUGCAAAGCAGUAUGAGCUUUAUACAUAUGAUGAUGAGCAUUCUGCACUACUUCACAGAAAGUUGAUAACAUGA